AUGCAAGCGGUUUGCUUCGCCGCCAUGGCGCAAAUACCACCACCCAGCGGGGACUUUGGAAUUAAAGAUGUAUGGAAUCAUAAUCUUCAUGAAGAAUUCCAGAUUAUCAGACAGAUUGUGCAGAAGUACCAUUGGGUAGCUAUGGACACUGAAUUCCCAGGAGUAGUAGCACGGCCUAUUGGAGAGUUUCGAUCCACUGCAGAUUACCAAUACCAAUUACUGAGGUGCAAUGUUGACUUGUUGAGGAUAAUACAAUUAGGCCUCACAUUUAUGGAUGAAACUGGCAAAACACCAUCAGGGUGUACAACAUGGCAAUUCAAUUUCAAGUUUAACUUACAGGAAGACAUGUAUGCACAAGAUUCCAUUGAUCUUCUUCAAAAUUCAGGUUUACAAUUUCGUAAACAUGAAGAAGAUGGCAUUGAGCCAUUAGAAUUUGCUGAAUUGCUCAUGUCGUCAGGACUAGUGCUCAUGGACAACAUUAAGUGGCUUAGCUUCCAUUCAGGAUAUGAUUUUGGAUAUCUACUCAAACUGUUAACAGAUCAAAACUUGCCGCUGGAUGAAAAUGAUUUCUUUGAAAGUCUGCAUUUGUAUUUUCCUACCAUAUAUGAUGUUAAAUACUUGAUGAAACUUUGCAAGAAUUUGAAAGGUGGGCUGCAAGAAGUGGCUGAUCAGCUGGAGUUGCGUCGUGUGGGUCCUCAACAUCAGGCUGGCUCAGAUUCCCAUCUCACCGGCAUGGCAUUCUUUAAGAUUAAGGAGAUAUUCUUCGAUGACAAUAUUGAAAACUCAAGUGGACAUCUUUAUGGACUUGGUGCCCCAUUCUCAGCUAACGCAAACAACUUCACGGACAAUGGUGAUAAUGGAAACUCCUCC